AUGGAAUUUGACUCGAAAGAUUUCAAAUUAAUUCUUACGAAUUUAUUAAGUGAACAUUCAAUGCAAAUUGAUACGAACGAUUUUAAUGAUAUAUGUAAAACUGAACCUAUGGAAAUAUGUAAUGUUACUGAACAAGAAACGUCUUCUACAAAGGGAAAGAAGACAGAUAUAGCUGAUAUUAAGUCUCAGCGAUUUUGUCUUGUUAUAUUUAAUAACCCCAAAUGGUCUCAAAUUUUGAAUAAUAAAUCAAGUAAUCAACACCAAAGAUUACAAGCAACACUCAAUUGGUCUAUAGAAUCAGUAGUAAAAAAUGAAAAACAAGAUAGAUCUUUGGAUGAUCAAUUUAUUGCUCAAUUACAACAACUCAUUAAAGAAUAUAUGCAACAUACAACACGACCAUUACCACUCAAAUAUUUCCUGGAUCUAACUGAAAAAUGA